AUGUCUUCAAUCGAAACAAAUAAUGGUAAAGGGUUUCCACCAGCAAAACCGUUUCGACGGAGGUUGUCUUUUCGAACUAAGCCAACUCCGGUUCCGGAACCAAUAUCUAUAAGUGGCUUUAAUUCAGUACGAGGGAGCAUAAGACGCUUUCGUCGUGUUUCUGGAAGUGUUUCAAGUGCGCAAACGUCAUCAAAUUCAACAACAGAUCCUGCAACUAUCAGCCAAUCAACUUCUAAUUCACAAUCACCAACAUUUCCAUCCUUUCCCCGCCUCUACAAUAUAGCAUCUAUUGCCCGUGAAUUAAGAGAGAUAAAUCUUUCACAGAGGACUGCUGAUUUGACGGCUGCUGUAACGGAAAUGGGUGUUGAAAUAGGUAAAAAAGGUGUAGAAUUUGGCAGUAUGGCCAGGGAUGCUGUUGUUGAUCGAUGGAAAAAACGAAAAGAAGAUCCUUCAUCAAAUAGUGGUCUUCUUAAUGCUAAAAGAUUUAUAACCAGGGAAACCAUUUUUGGUGCACCACUUAAAAUUGCUGUCACUUUGACACGUGUUGAAAAGGAUAUAAAACAAAUUUACAAAGAUCCAUCUAGAUAUUGGGUACCAGCAUUGGUUCUAAGAUGUAUAGAAUUUUUGGAUGUUAAUGGUUUAGAAGAAAUUGGCAUUUACCGAAUACCAGGAAGUGUAACGGCAGUGCAACGUAUGCGUAAUAUUUUCAAUUCUGGGUUGGAUUUAAAUCUUUUACAAAGUUCUAGGGAAGAUCCACAUGUCGUAGCAACACUCUUAAAGAUGUAUUUGCGCGAGUUGCCGGAAUCUAUAUUGUCGGAGGUGCUUUUACCAGACUUUAGUGCGUGUAUAGCGAAGCAUACCAACUCUGACCUCAAUGCUAUACCACCAGCAAUUAUACCUGGAUCUGGAACUCAACAGAUGUCCACUGCCUACUUCACUGCUCCGACCUUGGUCCCAGAAGCACUGCCUCAUGAUCUUGCAACCAUCAUUUCUCGCUUAUCUCCUUAUCAUUUUUAUACAUUACGUGCCCUUUUUUCACAUCUUUCUCGCGUUGCUAGUAAGAGUGACACAAACAAAAUGACUAUUAGCAACCUUGGCCUGAUUUUUUGUCCAAGUUUAGGAAUAGGUUCAAUUCUUUUCAAAGCAUUUAUAUGCCAUUUAGAUAUUGUUUUUGGAAAAGGAUAUUUCUCGAAAAGUUUUGAAGACCUGUUGAUGAUUGAUAGACAUCCUAGUGCAAAUAGUUCAAGUAAUUCAUAUCCAUCGUCGUCGUCAUCUUCUGUAAAAGGUUUACCUGUAAAUAAAGACGAUAUUGACACUCUUAACAAUAAUCAAACCGAUGUUAUGAAAAAUUUUGUUGUAAAUAAUACGACAUUCUCUACAAUUUCACCACUUUCAUCAUCAUCAUCUAUAACAGUGCCAUCUACACCACCAUUAAAAGAUGCUAACAAAGAUAUAAACAACCAAUUUAAUUAUGACGAAUUUCCUGAGCAGCAUAAUCAUUCUUUAGUAAAUAUAGCCGGUGCAGAAAAGACAGAGAGAGCUUCAUCUUCCCCUUCAGUUUUCAGCCCUUCUUUUCGUUUAAGGUCUAGUAGUGUUCCAUUGAAAGUCAUAGAAUUAGAUUUUUCAGAGUCAGACGAAGAACAGAACCUUACUGAAGAUGAAGACUCCAAUGAUAUAAAUUCACCAACCCUUAUGUCAUUUGAUUAUUCUGAUCAAUUCGGCACUAAGAAGGGUGUGCUAAAUUUGACAUCAAGAGUAUCAAAUAAUUGGACAACACAGCACAGUGGUGUUAAUGACGGGAAAAUCGGUAGAAGACGCCGACCAAGUUUAGAAGAAACGGAGAAAUGGAAAAAGACACUUUUAACAAAUACGAACGCUAAUACACCUCCUAAUAUCACUGAAGUAACUCGCGAAGAGGAUGAAAUUGAUGGGAAAAAAAUUCCGAAAACUGGUGUUGAUGUAAAAGCAAUAGUCAGUUUAAUUGACAGUGGCAAAAAGUCUAGUCUUGACUUUGAUGAUAUAAGCAAAAAAAUAAAACAAGAAGAAAACAACAGGUCCAAUAGCCUUAUUACUGAAAAAAAACUGGAAAAAGAAAAUAUACCAAAGGUUGGUAUAGAAACUUCUAAAGGUCAAAAGAAUAAAACAGCAGAACUUGAAGAAGAAGACUUGUCUUUAGUCGUUUCUUUGAGCAAUAAAGAUCAAAUUUCAGAUGAACAAACAAAACAAACAACAUGUAAGGAGCCUACAUCCAAUCACGUAAACAACCAAUCAGAAGCCUAG